GUUGAUGCGGAAUUUUGGAAUUCAGUGCGCCGAGUUCGGCUUUCGUGUGUGGAUCGUGUCGUUAUAUCAAAAUGAUUUAAGGUUGCUCUGAGUGCAGACGUGUCAUGUGAAAUCAAAGUUAACAAUAAUAAUAAAAACAAAAACAAGAAUGAAAAGACACAAACAAAUUAGAGAAAUGAAGUACGAGCAUACAAAAUAACUGAGCAAAAAGCAAGAGAAAAAAGUGAUUUUCUACAUAAGCUUUCUAAAAAGCGUGGGCAGCUGUGCAAAUUUUUAAUAUAAAAGAAAAGAAUUAAAAUAAAUAAAUAAAAAUAAAAAAGAAAGUUGCUAAAACUUAAAAUCAAGUGCUUGAAGAAAUUGCAAAUAAGGGCAAAAAGCUGAUAACAAAUCGCAAAUAAUCACAAAAAUUUUAAAUCUAGCGCACGCUUCCUGCUUUCGCUUAAUCGCACUCGUGCAUAUGUAUUGCAGUGUAUCGGUGUACGUGCGUGCGUGUGUGUAGACGCGCUACCGGCUCCAAUAAUUGCUACUGCAUUCACAUACUUGCAUACUGAUGUGCAUAAUUAGUACAUUUGCAAAAUUCUACAUUCGAAUUUUUGACGAACAACGUCAGCGUAUUGCGCGGUGCAAUAUUUGGCAAAUUUCUUUCAAAAUAUUUUACAUACCUACACACCAAACAUUUUUUUCAUUGCUGCAUUGCUCGCUUGGUCAUGUUGAUUGAACCGGGUAUUAAUCAUAAGUUUGGACAAUUAGCCGCCGCAAAUACGAGCAUACCAGCGCACUGGAAAAUGGAACCACCAAGAAUACCAGCCUUAGCGGGUACAGGUGGUGCACCCACCAUACCGCCACCGUGCAAUAUUGGCCUCCCACCAUCUGUGCAAAUACCGGGCGCUGCAAUUUUCGGAGCCGGUGGCUCACCUUCACCCACAACUCUGAAUGCGCUGAUGUCGCAGCAACGUUUACUGGAACUUUCGCGAUUCGGUGGCCUACGCGGUUAUGACAUCGCUCAGCAUAUGCUGUCGCAGCAGGGUGCAGUUUCGAAGCUAUUGGGCUCAUUGCGUCCACCUGGUCUAAUUGGUGGCUCCAAGCCAAAAGUCGCUACACCAACAGUUGUCUCAAAGAUCGAGCAGUACAAGCGCGAGAAUCCGACUAUAUUCGCUUGGGAAAUACGCGAACGGUUGAUAUCGGAAGCCGUUUGCACCAACACAACCGCUCCAUCAGUUUCUUCCAUCAAUCGCAUUUUGCGUAAUCGUGCAGCUGAGCGGGUAGCCAGUGAAUUCGCGCGUACUGCCGCCUACAGUCUUUAUCCACCACACCCUUAUGGCGGCUUUACCUGGCAUCCCUCUGCAGCAGCUGCGGCGGCGGCGAAUGCACCAACAGCUGCUCACUUUUGGCCCACGCAAGCGGCAGGUCCGACGCUUACUACACUACCCCCAUCAGGUGGCGGUGGUGGUACUGGAGGUGCCAGUAAUGUUGGCAGUGCUUCGGCUAGCGGCCUACUGACAACAAAUAACCGUGCAAUAUCUCCCGGAUCGGGCAGUCGUGACACUCUUGAAUCGCCUGAUGACAGUCGGCACGUCGAUUCGGAUUACUUGGACGAUGAUGAUGAGCCAAAAUUUCGUCGCAAUCGCACCACUUUUAGCCCGGAACAAUUGGAAGAGCUGGAGAAGGAGUUCGAUAAAAGUCAUUAUCCAUGUGUGAGCACGCGUGAACGUUUGUCUAGCCGGACGUCGUUGAGUGAGGCGCGUGUGCAAGUUUGGUUUUCCAACAGAAGAGCGAAGUGGCGCCGCCAUCAACGUAUGAAUCUGCUGAAACAGCGCUCCAGCCCCUCCGGCCAUCCUCACAUUCCGCAUUCACAGCCGUCGCCCGAAAGCAACAACAACAACAGCUACAACAACAACAACAACAGCCUCAACCACAGUCACCACAGUCACAGCCAUGCACCGCCAACAACGAUGGGCGUGGCUGCUUCACCGACCUCCAGCUGUCACAGCAACAGCAACGCCUCUACCUGUGCGGCCACCGACCAACCAACACCGCACCACCAUUACACACUUGGCGGCCAAGCAACAGGGACGACAGCAAAUUCCCAAGGGAACGAGUUGGAGCUACGUCCGCUCGCACACCAUUUGGCACAUCAUGCGCCUCACCCCCCACACGUAACGCCGAACAGUACGGCUGCGACAAUGCUGCUGAAUCACUACAGCCAACAGCAGCAACACCAUCACCACCAACAACAACAACAACAGCAACAACAACAUUUAGCCGCCAAGGCGCAUUAUGCGGCGGUGGCCGGCGGUCAGUUACAACACACGACGACGGAUGUGAGUGCGGAGACAGCAGCGGCGGCGCAGCAACAGCAUCCCCAACACUUGGCGGCUACUUUGGCGGCAACCAUAGCGACGUCACAACAGCAACAACAGCAGCAGCAGCAGCAACUCAGCACAUCGCCCACAGCAUCAGCGCCAUUAUCAAUGGGCGGUGAGCAUAGCGCUUUUCGCUCGCUAGUGGGUUCGCCCUCCGCUGCGGCAUUUGCGCACUUGGUGCGGCAAUACGCUGUGGCAGCAACGUUAUCUGCCAAUGCGGCAAAUAUGGGCGCCGGUGGGACGGAUGAACUCAAACAGCAGCACCAUCAACAUCAGCAACAACAACAACAACUGGUUACUGUCGAUGACUCCUCCGAGGACUCGGAAGAAGAGAUCAAUGUGCAUGACGACUCAGACGAUGAAGUGGAAGUGGUGCGACGAACGCCGCGCGUCGGCGCAGUAGAUCAAAAUAACAGUUACAGCGGCGGCAGUAAUAAAAACAAUAGUGGCAACAUAAAUACGGACAAUAAUAAUCAAGGUAGUGAAACGUUAUCGCUAAGCGGCAAAGCGCCACUGCAGCUUACCAAGCAUGACCGUUGAGCGGCCGUUUGCGGCGUACGAGCCAAGAGCGGCAUUCUAAUCGCGUGAAGCAGGGCGUUAAGCGCUGCGGAUUGCAUUUCAAGUAAAUUUGACAAACCUGACUCGGGGGUGCGCUUGUGAUUGACACCAGAUCUUAAGUGGAUUGCAGCAGCAAAUAUGCAGAGAGGUAAGUGAACGUAUGUGCGAGCGUACGGGUAUGAAUAGCGCGCUGCCAUGAACGGCUCAGUUUGUAGCGAGUUGUUGCUGCUGGCUGUGCGCUGGGCGCUUAAUUAUGAAAGAAACCAGAAACUUGGCGGGCACAAAAAGAUACUUUGUACUUAGCGCUGCAAUGGAAAAAAUAACAAAAAAAAAAAUAAAUACGAAUAUAUUUAAAUUCAAAUAAGCUUGUUCGCUUUGCAAAAUUACAACAAAUACAAUUUUAAACCAAAGUAAUUAACGAAAUCGUACAACACCACAGAAGCGCCAACGAGCGCGCGCCGGCUAUUUAACAUAUGCAACAACAACAACAACUGUUGUCACAUAUACAUAAAUCACCGCUAGUUGUUGUUGUUGUUGUAUUUAUCGUUUGCUGAAGAAAAGCAUAUUUUAGAUUAGGUAAUAAAAAUAUUGUAAAAAUAAGUAAGUUUAUUAAAAAAUGCAAUACAAAAUAAAUACGAAUCGAUGUCGUUGCUUGCGCGUAUUGCUAAUUACAACACAUUAAAAAUACCGAAACAGAGAAAAACGUAAAAUAUGUUGCAAAAUAUCUUAGCCUACAUAAAUUGCUUAAUAUACAAAAUAAAUAUGUCUGUGUAAAUAGUAAUACUUGUGUCCUACUUCUCACUCCAUUUCCACUUAAGGUCACAAAUUCUAACCUCAAAAUCAAUAAUUAGCAAAAAAUAUUAACAUAUAUGGAAUAUAUGUGUCUGUAAAUGUAACAUAAAUAUGUAUGUAUUUUUCGGCAUUAUUAACUGUGGAUUUUUUAAAAAAUAAUUUAUUUUGACUUAGCGCUUUCUACCGGUAAAUAAUAGAAUUUCUGUGUUUUUUCGUUUUUUGAGGUUAUUUGUUUACUUGGCAGUCGGUUUACGCUCACAUCUUUUGAAAUUUAACCAUGAAUGCUGGCUUAUAAAUUACGUAAAUUUAUUUCAAAAAUCGUAAUAAUAAUAAUAAUAAUUUUUUGCAGUGCGCCCAAUAGCCACCACUAUGACCUAAAAAAGCUUUUGUGUCCUACUACAGGUUUUAGAAGAAGUUAACACCAGUCUAUUUGAUUAGUACUACAACCAUUAAAUGCAUUACAUCAGGUUCUAUUUCAUCUAGAUAUUCCCUGCCUCAGGCUGAAAAUUAGUUGAAAGCCUUGCGUACAAAUUUCAAAAUAUUUGCAACAGGAUCUUUCUUGGUUUCAUUCGGAGCCAUUUGAUCUCGAUGAAAGAUAUGCAGUCUUGUCUGUGUCAAGGCAAUCAGUUGUACAAGAUAUGAUUUGCGGCUUCAUCGUCCUCCAGACAGAGCCGACACUCUGUCUCAUUUUCCUGAUGUCUACUGCUGUUGACAUGUUGUGCAAUCCCAUAUUGUAGGUAUAGGUACGCCUUUUAGCUUGACAGAGUUCUUGUGUGACUUCCCUAUGGGUAAUUAUUUGCGCAUUCUACCAACUAUUUACCCUGCAUUUCACUUGAUUGGUCAUGAAAGCCAUAGCUUUCUUCAUGUAUAUUUUUUUGGCUGCAUGAGAACUGUCGAUAUCGAUAACCAGGAUUUGCAUUAAUUUUAUAGCUGCAAUAUUAAUGCAAACAUUGCUCGACUCUCGCUACUACUCUGAACUUGAACAGAUCCGACGCAUACAAAAUACAUCUAAGAAAACAAAAACGAACACAGCUCAAGUAGCAACGAUAGGAGUAGUAUCGGUAGCUGGAGUACACAUGAAUAAUCUCGCAAGUAGCGCUCCGGCCGAUUCCAAGUUUUCUGCUACUACUUAAACUACAGAGAGUUCUGAACAUUUUUUUUAUAAGUACUCUGAGCUACUAGCAAUAACGAAAUGUAGCGUGGAACGGAACAAAACAAUUGAUCCCACGUUUUGCGCUACCUACACCACUACUCAUCUGUUUAAGUUCAGAGUAGUAGCGAGAGCAACAAUGACAACUAGGAAGUAACGGAGCAAUUUUAUUCCCUGUUGAUAACUAUGGUUUGACAGCUGCGAAUGGCAAACUGUGUUGACAUUUCUAUUCAUGAAGCUUUGAUAUAUCAUCAUCAAUCGAUCAGUGCCAGAACAACGCUUCCGAGCUGUGGAAAUUUACUUAAACAAAAAAAAAAAUGUUCGCAAAGUUCAUAGAGCAAAGUGAAGAAGAAGAUGCCGAAAUGUCGAUUCGACGGCAUUUUGAACUUGAUGCCCUUGGUCUUUCGACUACGUGGGAAGUUUUACGUAAAGAUCUUGGCUUACGUGCCUAUAAAAUACAGCUCGCGAAAGAAUUGACGCCAAAUGACCGUAGUUUGCGUUGCAUUUUUGCUGAUAGGUCUCCUUUAGAUUUAUUAUUCAGUUUUAUAGGAAAAAGUAGUCAAAUGGAUCACGUAGCUCGUAGCCGCGGCGGACAUGUGCCUGAUAUCAUUAAAAAAAUAAAUCAGGAAAUUAUUUACCAGAUUAUAAAAAAAAAUUCAAUCCAACAAUAUUUCUGUUUUGUAUUAUCAUUUUAAGAUUGCAAGCUCUUAUAAAAGCAGCCGAUAGUAUUUUCAGUCGCAAAUACUGGGUUGCCCAUAUUCGACGGACCCAUGUGUUUUUUUUUUAAAUCAAAGAAAAAAACAUAUUUUUUGAUGUUGUCGAUGAUAACCAUUUUAUUUGGUUCAAGUAGAUUUGUUGACAUCACUUUUUGAAUAUGAUAUCUCUCAAAUGCCGCCUUGAGCCUGUACGGCGUAUUAUGCCCGUUGUUAAUAUAUAAACCUUGGAUUUUAAAUAUCCCCACAAGAAGAAUUCAGGUGGCGUAAAAUCGGGCGAGCGCGCUGGCCAGUUAAAAUCGCCAUUUUUCGACAUCAAACGACGAGGAAACAAUUUUUUCAAAAAGUCGAUUGUGGUGCGAGCUGUGUGCGGUGGAGCGCCGUCUUGUUGAAACCAGAACUGCCUCAUACGCUUUCGUCGAAUAAUUGGCAUCCCAAAAGUGGUUAUCAUAUCGCGAUAACGCUCCUGAUUGACGGUAACAGCUUGAUCAUCUUCAUUUUCGAAGAAAAACGGCCCAAUAAUCGUUUUCGCUUUAAGGCCGCACCAAACAGUGACUUUUUCGUCGUAAAGAGUCGUACCUCUUGAAUUUCCUGAGUAUUUUCAGUGGCGUAAAUACGGCAAUUUUGCUUGUUUACCGUCCCAUUCAAUAAGAAAUGAGCCUCAUCGGACAUGAUGAUUUUGUUCAUCUUCUUCUUUUUUUUACUUCUUUUGUUGAAUAUAAAUUUCAACAAUUUGGGAGCGCUCGCGUGGCGUGUACUGUUCCAUGGUAAAAAUGUGGUUGGACUGACGCUUCCAACGCGGUAUGUCAUUAAGCGAUCUGACGUCUCUGUCAAAAGAUACAGGGUUGCCAGAUGGGUCCGUCGAAUAUGGGCAGCCCUGUAAGCAAAAGUCGCGAGUCUAGGCUGUUUGCCAAAAUGGGAAGUCUAGCGCUCAAUGGCGCUAUUUAAUCGGUUCAAGAAAAACAGCUUUAUGUUAAUUGAUUUAAUCACAGACCACUGACUCGUAGCUCAACAAGCUCGAAGAUUGAACGUACCGCAUUUCGACUAUUGCAGAAGCUGUAAGAAUGAGGAGGAAGCAGAGUCUGUCAUAUAUUUUCUCUGGCACUGUCCUGUGUGGUAUGCCUCUAGGUUAAAAUACUUAAGCUCAUCGUUCUUGAGUGAUACUGAUGACCUAAGGUAUAUAAGUGUUAGGCAGAUCAAUGCGUUUGUACUCAAAACAAAAUGGUUUAAUGAGGAGUAGCAGGUAACCUGUAUUGUAGUAUCACAAUGGAUCGGCAACGGUCUAACUGAGUUGGUGUAAGGACCGACUGCCAAUUCUACUAAAUUACGCCGCUGAGCCAACAUUUGCCGCAUUAUUGCCGAUAUACGAGCCCUGCUACUCGAAAAAGCGGGCGCGAAUUGUAUUUUCAGACUGCGCUUCUUUCGAGUCAGGCGCGGCUCACUUGCCGAAAUAUCUUUUAAGUUUCCUAAUGUGUUUAAUUAAAUUUCUAUGCCUCUAAAAAACAACCUUUAAACAUGUAGUUUCUAAUAGUUGUUUGGUACUCCAUCACUUUUCACUUAAGCAAGAACUACGAAUGUUAGAUAGGCUGUUUUGUCAAAAAUACACUGAUAUUUAUAUGUAUGUAUGUAUAGUAAAUUUAACUGCAAUAAUUUACUACUUAAAAAUGUCUUGUUAUGAAUAAUUUUAUUAAAUAUUUAAUUAAUUUGUAACUGAGUAUCCGAUAAGGAGCAGAAUAAAAUCAACAAUAUUUAAAUAUUUACUAUUCAAAAAUGGGAAAUAAUAUAUG